UGGCCCAAAGUGAGGCUGUUUCACUAUCAAAUGAAAUCGGUAAUUAUGAAUUUAUAUUGAGUCUUGUGAUUUGGUAUGAUAUUUUAACAGAAGUAAAUAUUGUGAGUAAAAGUUUACAAGAUCAUAAUACGGAUAUAAAUACUUCGGUAAAAAUGGUUCAAAGUCUUAUACAGUUUUUGCAUCAAUAUAGAGAAAAUGGGUUUAAUUUUGCGAAAAUUGCUGCUAAAAAAUUAGCCGAAGAUGCCGAUAUUGCAGUUGCUUUCAAAAAUCCAAGAGUAAGAAAAAAGAUGAAAUUAUUCGAUUAUGAAAAUGUCAACGAACCUGUGUUAAAUAAUGAAGAUCGGUUUCGUACAAAUUAUUUUUUCAUCGUUCUUGACCAUGCAAUACAGUCGAUUGAGAAACGCUUUAAUCAGUUGAAGACUUAUUCGGACAAUUUUGAAUUUUUACAUCGCAUUGGCAAGUUGAAAACAAUGGAAAAUGAUGAUAUAUUAAAACACUGUAAAGAUUUACAAAUAAUUUUAACAGAUAAUAAUUUAAAAGAUAUAGAUGGAUUAGAUUUAUUUUCCGAACUAAUUAUUUUUCGAUCUUUAGUUGACGAAGAUACAAAUACGUUCCAGGCACUUAAUAUUUUAAAAACAACUCACGGAUCAUUUCCUAAUCUAACCAUUGCUCUUAGAAUAAUGCUAACUAUUCCUGUGACAUCAGCUUGUGCAGAAAGAAGUUUUUCAAAGCUAAAAUUAAUAAAGAAUUAUUUGCGCAAUCGGUUAGGCCAAGACAAACUUUCUGAACUAGCUUUAAUAUCAAUUGAAGAAGAAAUAUCGUCCACCAUCGACUAUAAACAUCUCAUCGACAUCUUCGCUUCGAAAAAGUCUAGAAAGAAAAUGUUUAGGUAA